AUGUCCGCCCAUUCCGCCGCCUCGUCGACGUCGCUUUCGCGAUCCGAAACCCUCUUUCUCCUCUCCCUCUCCGCCGCCUCGGUCGCCGUCAUCGCCAAUACGUUUCGCGGUCACGGCGAGCCCCUCAUCGCGUCCCUCGCCCUCUCCCUUGUCGCAUUUUCGCUCUGCUUCUGCAUGAUCCGCUGGCUCGGCCCGACUUUCAUCAAGGCCGGCUUCCGCGGCCGCGACCUGGGCAAGGCCAACCGCGUCGAGAUCCCCGAGUGCAUGGGCGCCGUCUGUGCCGCCGUAUAUCUCCUCGCCGUCAUCGUUUUCAUCCCUUUUCCCUUCUACAAGGACAUUGUCGCCGCGACGAGCGGCGGCGGGAACCGAGACGUCGUCCUCGAGGUCCAGCACGUCAAUCAAGGCCGCUUCUUGCAUCGUUUUCCCCACAACAAGCUUGCGUCCUACCUGAGCGCCAUCAUAUCCCUCCAGACAGUUGCCCUCCUCGGCAUUGGCGACGACCUCUUCGACAUCCGAUGGCGCCACAAAUGGUGGAUCCCCGGCCUGGCCUCGGCGCCCCUCCUCGUCGUCUACUUCGUCGACUUUGACGUCACGUCCAUUGUUAUGCCCUUGCAGCUGCAGCCAUAUCUUGGCGAGCUCUUCGAUCUCGGCAUCCUCUACUAUGUCUACAUGGCCUGCGUCGCCAUGUUCUGCCCCCAGAGCAUCAACAUGCUCGCCGGCAUCAACGGCAUCGAGGUCUCGCAGUGUGUCGCCGUCGCCCUCCUGCUCGUCUUCAACGACUGCCUCUACCUCUUCACCCCUUACCCGCACCCGGCCACCGACUCCCACCUCUUCUCUCUCUACCUUCUCCUCCCCUGGAUCGGCGUCUCGUGCGCCCUGCUCUACCACAACUGGUAUCCCGCCAAGGUCUUUGUCGGCGACACCUACUGCUACUUUUCUGGCAUGGUCUUUGCCGUCGUCGGCAUCCUCGGCCACUUCUCCAAGACCCUGGGCCUCCUGCUCGUGCCCCAAAUCUUCAACUUUCUCUACUCGUGCCCGCAAAUCUUCGGCCUCGUCCCCUGCCCCCGCCACCGACUCCCCAAGUUCAACGCGCGGACAGGCCUCCUCGAGCCCUCCGUCACGCCCUGGUCUGCGGAGCGACAGCCCCACCCCCUCGUGGGCCAGACCCUGCGUCUGCUCGGCAAGCUCCGCCUCCUGCAGGUCGCCGUUGACGACGAGGGCCGCUUCGUCGAGACAAGCAACUUCACCAUCCUCAACCUGUGGCUCGUCUGGCGCGGACCCCUGCGCGAGGACCGUCUGGCCUGGGAGAUUACCCUGCUACAGCUCGCUGCGGGCCUGUUUGGGCUCUUUGUCCGGCACAAGCUGGCCCUGCUCGUCUUUAAGGAGGACAAUUGGGGCACCACGCAGCGCUGA